AAGAAUUAGAUAAAAUAAUAGCAGAAGAAAAUUUAAUUACUUCUAAUAUAAAUAUAAAUGAACCAGAGUUAGAUUAUAUAGAAUUUAAUGAAUUUGAAAAUAAUGAAUUAGAAUUAGAUUAUAUUGAAUUAGAUGAAAAUGAAAAUAUAUUAGAUGAUUCAGAAAUAAUUUAUGAAAAUUAA